CGUCUUAUUUCAAUCUUACAAAAUUUUCAGCCCUAUAAUCUGAGUAGUCUAUGAUCUCUAUCUCAUCGGUCGCCGAAAGUGAAUCAGUAUUGAACGGGAAUAAAUAAACUGUUUAUUCUUUUUCUAUAUACAUAUAUGAAGAUAUAUUACUAGGGUUUGAAAUCCUUUAGAUUGCAAUUUUGCUUGGAGUUUGGAGUCAGCUGAUCGUGAAUACACGUUUUUAUCAUCUAAUUUUUAUCCGUUUGUAUAGGAAGUAAUCAAGAAAUAUUAUUCUAGUCAAAAGUUUUAGGAUUCUAUUAAUAUAAAAUAUUAUGGAUGAUACUAAUCUCAGAAACAAUUCUUCAAAUGUUGCUAUUAUUCGAGAAGUAUAUGAUGGUGCAAAUGCUCAUGAAACCUUUGAAUAUGAAUUAGAGAGAGCACUUGAAGCAAAAUGUAAUUUAAUUGUUAUUGAACCUUCGAAAUUAGGUGAUGAAACAUCAAGAUGGAUAACAGUUGGAAACUGUUUACAUAAAACAGCAUCAAUUUCAGGAUUAACAGCUAUUGUUACAGGUGUACUUUGGGGUGAUAAACCUUAUAUUUGUAGUACUUUCGGUAUCACUGCUUUUAUCACAUGUGGACUUUACACUGUAUCCUGGCAGUUUGAUCCAUGUUGUCAGUAUCAAGUUGAAACGGACACUAGUAAAUUACCUCAUGUAGAGUUGCUUGCAAUUCUCGGACCGUGUUCACCAACAUUUCUUGUACGAAAAGAUGAUAAACGACGAAGAAUACUCCAUGGGACCAUUACAAUUGCCGCAAUGAGUAUCUGUGCAUGGAGACUAUAUCAAGCAUUUAAAUGAAAUGGGUGAUAUGAUUAAAAUAGUUGUUUCACGUUAUAAAUGCAAGACCACGAGUCGUUAGAUUCAUCAGAAGAUCAAGAAAGUGGAAACUGCAUCUGGUCUGGCCCUGAGUAAUUAUAGAUAAUAGUA